AUGGUUCUUGAAAGAAUUCGGGUAUCAUCAAAUGGUGAGUUUAUAGAUUCCUAUGAUCGAGUAGUGCAACUUCGUGGGGUGAAUUUCGAUCCAGCAAUUAAAUAUCCAAGCUCUCCGGAACACACUAGUCAUUCACCUUUAGUAGAGGCAUAUUGGGAUUCAGCUGAUAAUGCUUCUUUCGUAAACCAUCCAGUAAAGUUAGAUGAUAUAGAGGAACAUGUGAAUAAAAUCAAGUCAUUAGGUUACAACACAAUCCGGUUUUGUAUUAAUUGGGAAGCAAUAGAGCACAAAGGACCUGGGCAGUAUGAUUAUGAAUACAUCGAGUAUGUGCGUCAGGCUUUAGUGAAAAUAUAUGAAUUAGGUGACAUUUAUGUCUAUCUUGAUCCGCAUCAGGAUGUGUGGUCAAGAUUUACGGGUGGAUCUGGAGCGCCGCUUUGGACUUUAUACUGUGCUGGGUUUAAUCCUAAGCGGUUCCCAUAUACGCAUGCAGCAGUGUUACACAAUGAGUAUAUUGAUAAAGUGUCCAGCAAACAAACAAAACAAUACCCGAAAAUGUUCUGGCCCACCAAUUAUUAUAAACUAGCGUGCCAGACGAUGUUCACGUUAUACUUCGCAGGUGACUUAUAUGCCCCAAAGUGUAUUAUAAACAAUAAAAACAUUCAGGACUAUUUACAAGAUUCGUUCAACAAUGCAAUUAAGACGUUGUAUGGGUAUUUGUUGGAAAAAAGUCCGGAAUUGUUUGAAGGAAAUCUCAUUCUUGGGUUGGAAACUAUGAAUGAACCUAGCGAAGGUUACAUAGGAUGUCAUAACCUUCAUCACAUCCCUAAAGAACGUGAUUUGAAAAUGGGCCCCACGCCGUCAGCUUUUCAAUGUUUUAUGUUAGGGGAAGGUCACGAAACGACGGUUGAUGUAUACGAUAUCACGGUAGCUGGUUCUAAAAAAGUUGGAACAACUACCCUUAACCCGAGGGGGCAUUCCGCUUGGAUGACAGAAACGGAAAGGAAAGAGAUAGAUGCCAAAUAUGGCUGGGAAAGAGGUGAUGAAUGGAAACCAGGGUGUGUAUGGAGACUCCAUAAAGUAUGGGACGUGGAAGAUGGUAAACCAAAAUUAUUGGACGCAAGGUAUUUCAUAGGAAAUGGGAGUAGCAUGUCAUAUUUCAUCAACAAGAUGUUCAUCACGUACUUCAAAAAGUUCAGGGCAAUGUUCCGCUCCAUCGAUACCGAUCGGUUCUUAUUCAUGCAAAACCCGGUAUUCCAGCGCCCACCAGAGCUGAAAGGUUCCGACUUGAUGGACAACCGAACAGUGUUUGCUACUCACUUUUAUGAUGGAAUGUCUCUCAUGUUCAAAACAUGGAAUAGAGCCUACAACGUUGAUACACUAGGGAUAGUCAGAGGGAAAUACAUGAAUCCGGUUUUCAGUCUCGUGCUUGGAGAGCACAACAUCAGAAAAUCUAUUGCAAAGCAAUUGCGUCUGAUAAGGGAUGAAGCGAGGGAAGUUCUAGGAAGUAACACUGCUGUGAUCUUCAGUGAAAUAGGUAUGCCAUUUGAUAUGGAUGAUAAGAUCGCAUAUAAAACAGGUGAAUAUUCCUCACAGACAAGUGCAAUGGAUGCACUUGGAUUUGCAUUGGAGAGUAAUAAUUUAUCCUUUUCCCUAUGGUGCUACUGCUCAAGAAACUGUCACAAGUGGGGCGAUCAGUGGAAUAAUGAAGAUUUCUCUCUAUGGAGUGCAGAUGACGCUGCGCGUAGGAAGGUUACUGUUGAAGUUCCACAUCUUGGUAGUGAUUCGAUAACCUUACAAGAAUCUGCAGGUUUUACCUCAUUAUCCGGAUCUACAAUGUCAAACAAAUCAUCAGAAGCCUUUAAAAAAACAGGAGAAUUGAUAACCAUAGAUUAUAGUGGAUUUAGAGCUUUGGACUCUAUUUUGAGACCCUCUGCGAUCAGGAUUAGUGGCUCAUUCAUAUCGGCAAAAUUUGAUCCCUAUAAUAGCACAUAUAAUCUAGAGAUACAAGGUUACGCCUCAAGAGAAAACAUAACCCUAAUAUUUUUACCCGCAUACCAUUUUAGAUUGGAUGAUAUCGUAAUGAAAUCAUCUUCAGGUCACUUCUUCUACGAUCCUGACAGACAGAUUCUUCAAUGGAUGCACGAAGCUGGAAACCAAUUCUUGAGCAUCUCAACAAUUGCUGCUGCAACAAAUGAAGACAAUUGCACAAUAAUGUAA